AUUAGAUGUUUUUAAACCUAAGGCUGAUCAGAGAUGUUGGUAUUUCCUGGUAUGAGUUACAAUACCCAGUCACGUGUGUAAACACGGACAUGUUUACAUGUCUGGAUACACAACAGGACUGGUACGGCUGGGUCCCUGACAUGUUAUUAUCCUUCAUCUCAUCCCAAUUUUAUGAAAUAGGCACUUCCAAUGACUUAUUUCUAUUGACUGAACACUCUAUACUUUUACAGACUAUAUUGCAGCAGAGACAAAGGAAAGGGCGGAAAAGUAAAUGUUGAUAGUUAUGAAAUAUUCAUUAUGGAUAUCAACGACUGUCAAUACGAUCAGUAAAAAUGUCAUAAAUGUGGUACAUUUCCUCGAAAUUAACAGAAAAUUCAGGAGACAAACAAAACAUUAAUUCUGUGACUUUUGUUUGAGCAAAUAUUAUACAUGUACUAGUCAUGAUAUAAUGGUCUGUAUUCGUUCAAUGAGGGCAUCUCUCAUGAUUUCCCUGCUGUAGUCAUCCAGCGAUGACAUCUGGUCCGUUGGUCGAUAUUUAUAGAUAUGAACAUGAAUGUUCAUAUGAUGCCUUCUCCGAGAUGAUUCACUCCAUCCAAGUGCUUAGUCACGUCGCGGAGUAUCAACAUGCCGUGUCGGCCCCGCGGAUUUGCCGGCUCUGUUUGCUGUGUACACACGUCUCCUGUACAGCCCAGUUCUGUCAGGGACAAUGCGAAGCUCCAGUUGUUAACUUUUCACAUGGGACGUCUCGCAGAAAAGGUCGCCAGACGAGCGGUUAUCAGCCGACAAAGACGUGACAGAAAUCUGCACAGACGUCUAGGCGCGCUGUGGACGAGUAAUACUACAGGUGUUCCCCGUUAUAACACGGAAUGGUGUCACCUGUGUAACCAAACACCUUGUCGUUGUUUCACCUGAGAGUUCCCGUGCGUGACGUCAUCCAGGUACACCCAGGUGAAACAGGUAGUGCCGGGAAACGCCCUGUUUGAAAUAGCGAUCCUCAUGUUUGGUUGUGAUCAGUCUUGCACGGGGGUGUCGUCCUGUGCUACUUAAUUACCGGUACCUUACCUGUAUGGUGAAAACAAUACCCGAACCUCUAACCUCUCACCUGCCGACCCCGCCCGCCCGUUUGACGUGUAAUUUUAUCCGGGCCGUCACGUCGUUACAGUCGUUGGCCCUUCUUUUCACAUCAAUUUGAACUUUGUGGUCCCUUUGGAAGGAAGUCAUUGUGUCUGCGCCGGCUUGAUUGUUCACGCGCGUCACCUCACGGGUCAACUGUGCCCAAUUGCAAGGCGUGUUUUGAACACGGAGGCCCCUGCCCGCUGCAGUUUCGCAGUCAGAACUGGUUUUUCUAGUCGUUGCCCUCCAAUAUGUUAAUCUCGACUCCGAGCCACGUAUCUCCUUUCUCCAAGAUGGCAGACGUCGGUGACAACAUACCGCCUGAAGAGGCGGACCAGGGGGUUGUUCUGGACGGGGAGGGGAGCGUCGAGACUCCAAGGGACGAGGAAGUUCCCGCGGAAGGCACUGAGCCCCAAACGGGACUGACUGACCCACCCGUUAAGCCACAGGAGGGAGAUUUACCAACACCAACAAACGGAGAUUCCGUGGGACAGGAGAUACCUGUCAUACAACUAGAAAACAACGACGCCUCGCAGCAAGUGCCGGCGGAAUCAGACAACGACUUGAGUCCCCAGAUCAGCAAGGACAAGCCUUCUGACACGGCUAUACCACAACUAAACGAUCCCAACAGUGAAGAGGCCAGCAAUGAGACACAAGUCACAAGCACACCUGUAAACCAGCCCGUGGACUCAUCUGCCAAAGGUUUAAUAGCCUCCGGUGAUUCCAAGCCUGAUCAAGCACCACCGGAUUCAAACGAUACUGCAACUCAAAACACCAAAACGCCAGAAAUCUCGACCAGCAACGGACCAGGGCCUGUCACAAGCACUCCUGACUCAGCGAAGACGGCGGCCAGCGCACCUGAGCAGGGGUUUAAAAUGCCUUCCACUCCAAAGACAAACGGUCUAUCCUCCACUCCAAACCGUUCAGCAGCCCCGAACUUAAAACCCGCCGGCACCCCAACCCACCGCCGUGUGGCUUCUUAUUCCGGAGACCCGGCGAAAAGUCUGUCAGCAGCCGCCAGGGAACAGGGCUUCCUCGUCUGUCAGAUCUGUUCUCGCCUUUUCACCAAGCCCAAGUUACUAGACUGUCUGCACACAUUCUGUCUUCAGUGUCUGAGGAAACAGGUGCCCCAGGGGGCUACGAAAUUCGUCUGUCCGACCUGCGACGAGGCCGUGUCCUUGGAAGGGAAGGAGAACGGGGUGGACGACCUCAGGGAUGACGUUUUUAUGGACGGGUUAGCGGAGGCGUUUAAACACCAACAGGGACUGAAGGAGACCAAGGACAUGGCUGCGGAUAUCAUGUCCUCCGUCUGUAACAUCUGCCCUGAGAAGACGCCUGCCGCCUCGCACUGCGUCCAGUGCUCGGACUUCCUCUGUCAGGAGUGCUCUCAGAUCCACCACCGUACAAAAUACACCAAGACACACCGGGUCCUCAGCCUUAAGGACUUCAAGUUCCUCCGUCACGAGGAAAACUACCAGCAGCGAGCUCGGCAGAUGGUCGCGUGUCCGAAACACGACGGGGAAUAUCUCAAGUUCUUCUGCGAUAGUUGUCAAAUCCCAGUCUGCUUACUGGGGUUGUUUGACGAACACAAAGACCACAAGUACUCCCAAAUGAAAGACAUCGUUUCCAAGACAAAGAUGGUCAUAGAGACUUUCCUCCGGUCCACAAACGACCAGAUCAGAGCGUUCGAAACCGCCAUGAAUGUAGUCGCAGAAGUAGAGAAGGACAAGAAGAAGCAGAGGGAAGACGCAGAGAGGGAGAUUAUGGAGAGGGUGGAACUGUUCACGAAGUCUAUACUGGACUACAAGGACGGUCUGCUCAGCGAUCUGGACAUGAUGUUUACCCAGGAGAGGGUAGAACUAUCCACUGAGAGGGAGAAGUUAGAAUUCCAGGUCGCCAAACUGAGAUCGAGCUGCGAGUUCACAGGAAAGCUCCUCAAAUAUGGGACCCAGACCGAAGUGGUUGACUAUCAGGACCACGUGACCAACCGAUUGAACCAGCUGUCGUGUCUCGUUCCCAGGCAGACGGUGGGUGACAUCGACGCCAUCAGAGCCACCAAACUCAAGUUCAUCACCGAGGACGCAGACGUGCAGUAUAUCGUGCAAAAGCUCGGCUACAUAGAGAACCAGGCUCCGGACAUCCUGAACCUGUCCACGGAGGGCCGGCAGUCCAGCCUGCACGACAUCCUGGAGACAUCGGACAGUCUGAAGGUCAGCGGCCUGGCGGACGGAGAGGAGGACGAGGGAGUGGACCCAGGGGUGACCGGGAGAGCCAGGCUAAUGUUGGAGUUCGGAGGAAAAGGAGAUGACGAUGGACACUUCAUGGCGCCGGCAGGUGUGCAGGUCACUCCUGAAGGGGACUUCGUGGUCGCCGACUCGGACACAAGACGUCUACAGGUGUUUGACGGAAGCGGGAAGUUCAAGUACAAGAUCAAGACGUCCAUGUACCCGCGGAACGUGGCCAUCACCCAGGACAACAUCUUCAUCGUCAGCGGGAACCUGCACGGCGAGGGGAAGGUGCAGAUGUUGACUCCGACAGGAAGCUUCCUUGGCGAGUUUGGCACGACGGGCCAGUUCGAGUACGCGUACGGGCUGGUGGUGGAUAAGAACGGGCGGAUCGUGGUGACGGACGUCCACAAACACCGCGUCAGUAUCCACCUGCCGGACGGGAGACUUAUCCACCAGUUCGGAGUGUUUGGAAAUGAGGACCACCAUUUUAACAAACCGUACAACGUGGCCGUUAACGCCAAGAACAACAUCCUGGUCUCCGACAAGCACAACCAGUGUGUCAAGAUGUUCGACUCACGAGGCACCUUCAUCAAAAAGGUGGGGCGAGACGGAACGAAGGACAACAACCUUGUCUUCCCGUACGGGCUCUGUGUGGACGCUACAGACGACAUCAUCGUGGCCGACAGCACUCCCUACCCCGUCAAACUGUUCGACUGCGACGGGAAGUUCAGGGAGUAUCUCAUCAUCAGCGACGAGCCGCAGCAAGGGCCGAGGGCACUCUGCAUUACCCCUGAGGGUCGCCUGGUGGUGUCAGAGCGAGAUAAACAAGUCGUGAGGGUUUACAGUCUGUCUUAAGUUGUUGCCACAGUAAACAAAAACGCUACCGGCUUCGGAUCGGUAUUUUCGAAAAUACGUUAGAAUAUAAUACGUAUAGUAUACGUAUAUGUAUGAAUACGUAUAAUAGAUUAUUUCUCUACUAUGUUUAAAGAAAUGUGACGGUGACGGUAUACGUAUUUCACUAUAGAAAAUGUAAAGAUAUCGAUAUCAAUAUCCUAUAGAUAUGUGAAUUGUUGCCUACUUAACAUUUUAUGAUCUACGGGUUAGUGUAAAUUAUUAGAGCAUAUAUCGAACACACAAAAACCUAAUAACUAAGACCAUUGAGAAAGCUGAUAUAGAAUUAUAGUAUAUGUACUUUAAUCCAGUUUUUCAAAACUGCGAAGUCAGUACAUAGUCCAGUAGUUGCAAAGUUACGCUUAGUAACGGUUGAGAGUUAUUCAAACAUCGAGCACAUUGUUUCACCGCGGGGAUUGGUGGACUAUGAUGAAUGAGUGGUACUGUGUACUUAACAGGAAAAGAUUAUGGUGGCUGUGUUAACAUAUUGUGCAAUUGAUCAUUCAGUUCAGUAGUUUUUUUUAAUUAUUAUUAAUAAGCUGUUCACUGAGCAGAAUUCUAAUGUUUACCUCCCACCACUGACCCUUCCUGCUCUGCUCUUUGACAUCAUUAUAUCGCUGUAUAGCAGUAACCCAUCUACCAGCUUGUAUCCGUUUCAACUUGUAUUUAGGUUUCCAACUGAAUGGCUAGAAGAAGUGUGUCUAAAGCUACUUUUGGUGAUAUUUAUGCGAGAACGUUAUUUAUAGUCAUUACGUGCGUAUAGUUUGUUUGUGGCAUACUUAUCAAUAUGUAUGCCAUUGUAUGGGUGCUAGACAUAUAUCGACUUUGUUUUGUACAUGGGCACUGGCAAGCAAUACGAUGUGUCCGGCACUGUAUCGGCGUUGGGCAUCCAGCCAAAAUAGCAAUUAGUAUUAGGUGAAAGAGAGCAAUAUAUUACAGAUACAUGUGUCAGAAAUCAUAGCAACUAUGUUUGAUGUUCAAGAAGAAUGUCAUGAUUUUCAAGGAUGGUCCCAGAUCAG